UUCAACCUUGACAUUAUUUUAAUUUGCUAUUAGAAAUGCACUUUGUUCAGUUGUUACCGUCCCCUACGUAGUUCAGUGUGAUGGUUUCGUUACAGUCGAUUGACCACUAUGAAUUUAAGGAAAUAUUGGGAACGGGAGCCUUCUCAGAAGUCCGUCUUGCAGAGGAUCAGCGAAACCCUGGAUCAUUCGUAGCGAUAAAGUGUAUUCGCAAAAAAUACCUUUCUAAAUCUCAAAAUUCCGAGUGUGCUAUCAAGGAGGCUGAGUCACGCAAGGAGUCUCUCAACAAUGAGAUAGAAGUGCUGAGAAGACUCAGACACCCAAAUAUAGUACAGUUGUUUGAUGUCUUAGAAGAUGCGGAGUGUUACUACCUUGUCAUGGAACUAGUUACUGGAGGGGAAUUAUUUGAUCGUAUUGUUCAGAAAGGUAGUUAUACUGAACGUGAUGCAAGUGCCCUUAUUCGACAAGUUCUGUUAGCUACUGAAUAUAUGCAUAGUCAAGGAGUUGUACAUCGAGAUUUGAAACCGGAAAAUCUACUCUACUUUAGUCCAGCUGAUGAUAGUAAAAUAAUGGUGAGUGAUUUUGGCUUGUCAAAAAUAGAAAACAAUGAGUCCAUCAUGGCUACAGCCUGUGGUACACCAGGUUAUGUUGCUCCUGAAGUUCUUAGUGUUAAUGAAGGCAGUUCCGGUUAUGGCAAAGAAGUAGACUGUUGGGCUAUUGGUGUGAUUGCAUACAUUUUAUUAUGUGGAUAUCCACCUUUCUAUGAUGAAAAUGAUCAUGAAUUGUUUCGACAAAUACGAAUGGCAGAAUAUGAAUUUGAUUCACCGUAUUGGGAUAAUAUAUCUGACUCAGCCAAAGAUUUUAUUAGUAAUCUACUCCAAAAAGAUCCAAAAAAACGCUAUAGUUGUGUACAAGCCUUAGAACAUCCAUGGAUAGCUAGUAAUACAGCACUUGAUAGGGAUCUUUAUCCUUUUGUCAGUGAACAGAUACGUAAAAAUUUCUUAGCAGUAAAACGAUGGAAAAAAGCUUAUAAUGCAACAGCAGUACUUCAUUUAUUACGUCGCCUUCAAUUAAAUAAAAGUAAUUCAACAGCGGAGAAAUCAACUAAUUCUACUGACUCUUUAUCAACAUUCACAUUUGAUGAAGACAAAUUAGCAGAAAUACAAUGUAAACAUUUAAAAUCAAUUUCUAUUGAUAAACAAGAUAAAUUACCACCUAAAUUACAAACAUCAAGUUCAUCACCAUCAUCAUUAUCUUCACCUACACGUCCUCCUGAACUUAAACCAUUUUCAUUCAAUAAUAUAACUGAUGAGAUUAAAAAUAUUGAAAAAAGUGAUAACAAUACAGCUUAAUAUGAAUUAUAUUUAAGCGUCAAUAAAUUAUUGCCAGAGUUAUGAUCAUAAAUUAUUCUAAUUGAAAUAACAAUUAGAAAUCUUAUGAUGAUACUCCCUGGGAAUCAAUAUACUCGAUCAUAAAUAAAAGAUGGAUCUAUAUGUAAAUAUGUUUAUUUGUGGUGAGAAUAUUUGUCAGUUCCUAGUUAAAAUUUUUUUUAUUUAACUCCUUUGUCUUGAGUAACAUUUGCUUUUCUCUCCUCUUUAUUUUAUAGUUACAAUGUAUCUUUACAUUUCUAGUCAUAUAUAUAGUUCCUCAGCCUACAUCAUAAUUGAAAUGAAUUAUUACUCUAAUUGAUUUUUUUUAUAUACCUAUUCAUUUCUAUUUCAUUCCUGCUGAGGAACGAAUCUCUCGAUAUGUAUACUAGAAGAACUUGUAAAACUAACUUCAAAAUCCAUUUGUUAAUUUACAUUUAAUCGAAAUAUCCUUCCAUAUUUUUUUGUUUCUUAAAUCAAAAUAGCGAGUCACACAAAUGGCGCCAUUUUAUUCUCAUUACUGAAUAUAUAUACUUUCUUACAAUUAAUUGGAAGAAAAAUCAGAGAAGAAAAUUUGAGAACAACCAGUAAAUAUACUGUGUAAUACCAUUAACUACUUACUGCUUAAACGUUCCAACCACAUAUAUAUAUAUAUAUAUAUAUA